UCUCGGCUGGUAUUCUCUCCAGACUGUGUGGGGGACAGGAGCUGUGUGUACGCGCUACAGUGUGUGAGAGGCAGAGUUCUUGUUAGAGAGAGAAAGGGAAGGGAGUACAGAAACGUACCCGGACAGUGCACAGAGCCCGUGGGCUGGGAACAGUGCUGGAGAGACACUGACUUUGUGGAGCAACAUUGUGAUUUUAUUUUCACAUUAGUGAAGGAGAACGAAGAACCAUGUCAGGUGCAAUCCUGAGAAGAAAUUCCAGCAAGCAAGGUUUACAGAACCUGCUGAGAGUGACGGCCCAGCGGAGUGUGGAGGACGCCGAGGAGGUUGAGAGGGAGCGCAGGCGGAGGGCGCGGGAAUCCUUCCGCAGAGGCAGCAGCCCCCCCGGAGGCGUCUCCCAGGACAACGGCACCCCAGCUGAGGACGGCCUGUACGACGGCGAGCUGAAGACAAGCAGCUCUCUGGAGGAGGAUGAGGGCUUCAGCGACUGGACCCAGCGCCUGGAGAGACGGCGGCAGCAGCGCAUGGAGGAGCUGGGGCAGGGGCAGGAGCGGGGAAAGGAGGCGGCAAGCAGAGAAGCUGAAAUGCCCGAAAACACCCUCUCCGUCACGGACACGGCCGCUACGCGUCUGCAAAGAAAAGCCAAGGAAGGGGAGGAGGAUGAGGUGAAGACAUUGACAUGGAAGGAGGGUGAGAAAAGGAGGAAGGGAAAUGAGGAGGAUAAAGAGGAGAGGGGCCGAGGGGGAGUGAAGCAGAGAGAGCAGGAGGAGGUGCGAGUGGAGCAGAUGAGAGUCCUAAAGAAGAAGGAGAACCAGAGACCGGAGGUUGAGGUGAAGGAGAGAAGACAAGAAGUGAAGGUGUCCCACACAUCGAAAGUGUUUGUGAAUCAGGAAGCCAAGCACAACACCAAUGGAAAUGUAGCCACAGAGGAAGUGACAUCACACCUGGUAAAAACCAAAAGGACUUCCAGUACCUCCACCGGCCACGUGGCCCCAGCAGCAGAGCUGGGGGAGGCUGAGGAAAGGGCGAUGAUUCUGGAGACUGAGCAGAGGCUGGAGAAGUUCAGACGCUGCCACCAGGAGAAGGAGAACCAGGAGCUGGAGCUGCUCCGUCUGAGGCAGGCGGAGGCAGAGCAGGAGCUGGAGGAGCUGAAGAGGAGGAGGGAGGAGAGGCGGGAGGCCAGGGAGGGAGAGGAGCGCAGGAGAGGGGCGGAGGAGCAGCUACGCCAGGCCAAGGAAGAGGCGGAGAGGAGGAGGAUGAAGGAGGACAUUGAGCGGAGGAGGAUGGAGGCGGCAGAGAAGAUGAAGACGCUUAGUGCCUCUGGGGAGGAAGGAGAAGGGGUGUUCAGCCCUGUCAGCCACACGCACAAGAUCACAGAGAGAACGGAAUCCUUGAACCGAUCCCUCAAGAAAAGUAACAGCUUCAAGAAGACACUGCCUCCUAUUCUCCUCUCCAAGAUGGAUGACAGACUGGAGCAGUACACCCAGGCCAUUGAGAGUUCCCAGGAGGCUAAAGCAGCGAAGCAGGCCUUGGUGGAUAUUCCCAGCACCCCUGAGGCUGUCGCUUCCAAGAAGAACCUGUUUGAGGCUGGAGAAGCCUGGAGCCAGAGCCCAGCCAAGGGAACUCCCUGCAAGGAUGCUGAGGGUCUGAAGGUGGGCGUGGCUGACCUCAUUACCCAAUGGGUGAAGAGGAACCCUGAUGACAGCGGCAAGCAGUCUCCCUCCAGACCGUCGGACGUCAGACCUGGUGAUGUGAUGCAGAAGAAGAACAUGUGGGAGAUCAUUGGAGAUUCAUCCCCUGGAAGGCCUGGGGCCAAGGGUACACCCUCUGUUAAGAGGUACAAAUUUGUCGUGACGGGUCAUGGAAAAUAUGAGAAGAUUCCUGUCGAUGAGAACGGUGAUGAAUAUACCAAUGCUGAUGGAAAAUCAGACCUGUGUCAAGUUGACUAUUGAAAUGAACGUCACAGUGCCAAAGACCAACAACUCCUCAACAACACCUUGACAGCCGCUGUAUGAGGAUGUCUAGCAGUAGCACUUGCUGUGACAAGAACACUUCUUACCAGCUUCAGUAAAUUACAGUUGAUUUUUUUUGUUUACUUUAGAGAACUUCCCAUUUGUUUUGUAUGACGUAACUUGAAUAUGUUAAAGCAAACUUCCCACCUGAAUAUGUAAUGUCAUCCUGCAAAUAUUUAGUAUUGGGAUAUGAUGAUGAUGUGUAAAUGAAUGUGAUUUAUUUUACUUUUUUCUUAAUUCGUUUUUUUACUUUUGGAUCCCGCUCCGUUUACUGUGUGUAAUUGUACAGUAAUUAGGAAAUAUGUUUGCAGUAGAAAAAAGAAACCAUAAAAUCAAUUCAUUCAACUCAUUCUUUUCCAGGAUACAAAUGCAAACUGUCAAAUUAGCAGGAUACUGGCCAACCCUCUGAGCCUCUGACAGUUUUGUUUCUUGACGUUGACCUGUCUUCUUUACUUACAGAUUUGAAAGAGACAGUUUAGCAAGAUAUUAGUUUGUAACAAUCUAUUGGUUGUAUAAAAUGAUAGUUUAGUUUGAAUAGUUACAUUUAAAAAAAUUCUGUUCACGCAUAUGCUUUCUCACACAUACCUACACUUACACCUUACAAGUUGACCUUACAAGUUGACCUUAAACCACAACUAUGGCUUCACACUGGAGGACAUCACAUUAUUUAUGCCUUCUUUGCCAUUUGCCAAUUCCAUUAUUGUCCGUAAUUUGUGUACUAUUCUUUAUUCUUACAUGAAAUAAAAACAUUUUAUACUUUA